AUUUUGCUAUAAAAACUUGACGAAUGUCACCGGGAGAGCACGUGUGUGCAGUAAACAACAAGGAGUUUAUCAAGAGGUUUUUCAAGAUUUUCUCCAUUUUCCACGGGUAAAAGAUGACUGAGAGAAAGAGAGGCAAGAAGGAAAGCAAGGAGGACGCGAGUGACGAAGUUCUCGUGGCGCGUGAAACCAUCCUGAAGGCUGUUGAGGGGAUGCAAAAGUGCCUCCAGGAGAAGCAGAAGAGCAAAAAGUCCAUGCUGGAUGUGGAUUUCAAGUACAGUCUCCAGGUGGGCGUGUUCAAGAUCCCCAAAGGAGAUGGGAAGCUGAGCAAAGUGCUCCUGCCGCACAGCCUGAUCAAUGACACUGACGAGGUGUGUCUGUUUGUGAAGGAUCUCAGGCGAGGCACGAAGAUUGACUAUGAGCCCACAAAGGAGCACUUUGAGGAGGUGUUGAGAGUGGCCGGCGUGUCGAGGAUCAACAGAGUGAUUCCAAUCAACGAGCUGAAGAAGGAAUACGGACCUUAUGAGGCAAAGCUGAAGCUGGCGCAGAGCUUCGACGUCUUCCUGGCGGAUUCCCGCAUCUACAAUCGUGUCAUGCCUCUCGUUGGGAAGCACUUCCUGAAGCGCAAGAAGCUGCCAAUUGCUCUGAAGAUGGACUGUGAGGAUUUGGAAGAGUCCGUGGCGAAAGCCCUGCGAUUCACAAUUUACCGGCAAAGCAACGCUGGGAAUGUGAUGUCCAUCGACGUGGGAAAGCACUCGAUGUCUAAAGAGGCGAUCACGGACAAUAUCGUGGCGCUGGUGGAGCAACUGAAGACACAGCUUCCCGGCGGUUGGGAGAAUAUCAAGAGCAUCUAUGUGAAACCCGCGAAAGAUGAGCCUCUGUCCAUUCCUCUCUACCUGAACGCAGGCACUGGUGUGGAUGUGGCUGUGCCAGAAGUCAUCAGCCAAAAGGAGGCGGUUCUGGCCAAGAAGAGAAAACACCUAGAAGACACUCUGGAUGCUGUGAGUUUCACUCAAGACGGCAAAUUGACGUCCGUAGGGAAAAGAGCGAAGGUAAAGGCAUAAAGUGUAUUUAUCUUGUCAAAUAAACCUUGUUUGACUUUUUGGAGAUAUCAA